CAAAUUUGGUCUACAUGCCUUGCAGUUAUGAUUCACUUUUUAUAUUAAGUGAAAAAUUACCGAACCAGACGUAGACGUCCUGUUAUGUACCCUUGCGUUUUCGCUACUAUUUGAAAGCGGCAGCUACUAUUCAUCACUCGUUUAUCUGAGCGGUGAUAAUUUAAUUUUAAUCGAGGGAUUUAUCUUACAAGUGCGGUUAGUCGACAGAUUUUUUUUUUAAUAUGUUUUAUCAAAUGGCAAAAUAUGCGGUUGUGCCUUUCGUGUGGUUGGUGUUUCAGAAAGCUAGCUGCGCUGUUAUAAAAAACGAUGGUCAAGAGGACCAAUUAUUGGCUGUUGUUACGUUAUUCAGACAUGGAGAUAGAGCACCAACCAAAUCUUUCCCCAAUGAUCCGUACUUUAACGAGUCUUACUGGCCAAUGGGACAUGGACAGUUGACAGAUGCGGGCAAAAAAAGGAUGUACGAACUAGGCAAAUGGUUGCGAAAGCGCUACGGUUCCUUCCUACAAGAAGAAUAUUCCCCAAAAGACAUAUAUGUCCGAUCCACAGAUCGGGACCGCUGUCUGAUGUCAGCGUAUGCCGUACUGGCAGGUCUUUUUCCACCCAAAGGUUCUUUGUUAUGGAACAAGGACCUACAAUGGCAACCCAUACCAGUACACACGGUACCCAUUGACAAAGACGAGGUGCUCUCGAUGAGAAAAAAGUGCCAGAAAUAUAUCAACCUGUUCGAGAAAACCAUGAUUUCCGACUACGUGAAAAAAAUCACGUCUAAAUUCUACGACUUCUUCAACUGCGUCGCGAGGUACACCGGUUGGGGUGAUGUGGACAUAAGCCACGUAGCAAAACUCCAGACCAAUUUGGACGUUUAUUCCAGCUAUAACAGGUCUUUCAUACCACCUUGGUCUAAGUUUUUGGACAAUAAAGUACUAGAGUAUCUAGCUGCGAUAAAUCACCAAAGGUCCACCUUGACACCGGCCUUGAAAAGGCUCCUCACGGGACCUUUUUGGUCCAAUCUCCUCGCCCAUUUCGACAACGUAGUCAAUAACGUCGAUGGCACUCCCAAAUUCUUGAUGUUGUCAGCCCACGAUACGACGAUAGUCUCCAUUUUGAACUGCGUGGACGCCUAUGAUUUUUCCCCGCCUAAUUUCGGGGCUACGUUGAUUUGGGAAAUGAGAAAAAAUUGCGAUGGCGUCUACUACAUUAAUUUGUUCUACAAGAAGUCCGAAACGCAAGUUGAAAGGAUGAGAUUAGGAGAGCAUGGAUUGAACUGCGAGUAUAAGGAUUUUAAAAAUUUGUUACAACCUUUAGUGGUUGACGGCUAUGACUGGGAAGAAGAAUGCGAAGAUGUGACUCAUAUUAGUAGACCGAGGCCAGAGAAGAAACCUUUCUUUGUAUAAAUUGAAGUGUUUGUUAUUUAUUUUUACCGAGAGUACAAAAUAGCAUAUCCAAAAAUAUGUUAUAACUAAUCAAAAGAAAUAAAAGUCUGAAACAUUUAUAAUUA